UCCAUGGCCACGUAUGCGCCCGUGUGAUCACGAACCACUCCCCGCCAGACAGAGACUGUGUGCCAGACACAGACCGAGUGCCCGGCUGACGCGCAGCCAUGGAGGGCGGAAUCGACUUCGACGACAGACCGGCCCCGGACGCGACCCGCCAUGAGCACGAGCGGGACGGCGACGCGGGCGGGGAGUCUGCAGAGGACAACAAGUUCCAGAAGGCCAUCGGGGCGUGGAGGACUCACACUGCGCCAGACAUCGAUCUCACCACGCUGGUCCCGCAGCUCGACACGGCCGCCUCGGACCUCGUCGCCUACCAGCGCGACACCCUCACCCAGCGCAAGGACCUCGCCCAGAAGACAAAGGACUUCCGCAAGCUCGACGACGCGAGCAAGCUCACCGACAUCAAGGCCCUCCUGAAGUCCUACCAGAACUUCAUCGACCUCAUAUCCAACCAGUCCAAGUCGGUGCAGGCCGCCUUCUUCCAGCUCUACUCGCCCCUCGCCGAGGCCCCCGACCCCUACCCCCUCCUCGAAGCCUCUGUCGACUCGCUCGUGACCGCCGAGGAGAUUGUGCCCAAGCUCACCGCCGAGAACGAGCGCCUGCAGAACACCGUCGCGACCCUGACCUCGCAGCUCGACGACGCAGAGACGAAGCUCGAGGAGGAGCGCACCGCACGCAAGACCCUCGAGGAGACGCGCGACACCAAGAUAAAGGACGUCGAGGCGUCGUGGUCGGCAGUCCUGAGCGAGAAGCAGGACAACUGGGAGGCCAAGGAGAAGAGCCUGGACGAAAAGGUCGAGAGCCAGGACCGCCUGCUGAAGGAGCUCAAGGCCAGCUACGAGGUCUCGCAAAGACUGGGCGAAGGCGGAAAUGCCGACGCAGAGGGCACGCGGGGCGCCACGGCGGCAGAGCUCGAGAUUGUCAGCUCAGAGCUGGAGAGGACAAGCCACCGCCUGGCCGAAGUCGAGGCACGCAACGAGCGCCUGCGUCUGGAGCUCGCCCAGUCUGCAUCGGCGCCAGCCCAGCAGGGACACGUAGAAGACGACCCAGCCGUCCUGAGACUGCGAUCCGAGAACUCGUCACUCCUACGCAAGCUCGAAAACGCUCGCUUUGAAAAAGACUCGAAACAAACACGUCUGGAGACGGAGACGCGGAGCCUAGAGCGCGAGAUCAAAUCCCUCAAGAGUGAGAAGGAGGCGCUGCGUGAGAAGGUCCAGAAAUGGAGCGACUACGAAAACGUCAAGCAGGAGCUCGAAGUCCUCAAAUCGAUCGAGUUCGCAACCGGCGACGAUGACGACGAGGCCACCGAGCUCGCCCUCUCCCAAAACGGGUCCGCCAAAGGCAAAGGCGAAACCCUCGAGCAGCUCCUCCUAGCCCGCAACAAAAAGCUCAGCAACGAGCUCACCGUCCUGCGCGUCUCGCACCAAGACCUGCAAAGCCGCCUCGCAGCCCUGCAGGACGACCUCUCCCGAACAAACACCUCCCUCGAGAAGUCGCGCACCCUAAACGAAACCCUCGAAGCCGAUCUCGAAAAGGUGCAGCAAGAAGCCACAAACGCCUUCGACCCCUCCGCCAUGUCCGUAGCAGGCACCUACGUAUCGCGCUACCCGCAGUCCUCAGCCCGCCGCGGUCGCUCCUCCCCAACAUCCUCCAUCAUCUCCGGCUUCGACAACACUUCCUCCUCGCAGCCCCCAACCCUCGCCUCGCUGCGCGCCGGCGAGCCCACAGCAGGCGGCGUCGGCGGUGGCUCAGGCAUCCUCCCCAUGGUAACCGCGCAACGCGACCGCUUCAAAAAGCGCAACGCGGAACUCGAAUCCGAGCUCCAAAAGUCCCACCAAACCGUCACCUCCCUCCGCACCGAGAUCAACGCCCUACAAAAAGACAACCUCGACCUGUACGAGAAAACCCGCUACAUCUCCUCCUACACCGCGGUGAACAGAAAUCCCACAUCCUCCUCGGCAUCAAGCUACGCCGCCAACCCAAACCCCUCCACCAUCCACAUCGGCGGCGCACAAGACCCCUCAGAUAGGUAUAAAGCUACAUACGAAUCCAAUCUCUCGCCCUUUGCUGCGUUUCGGGGACGUGAGUCUGCUCGCGCUAUGAAGCGUAUGACGCUGUUUGAACGUGUGGUUCUGCGCGUUACGAAGUUUGUCCUGCAGACGAGGAGUAGUCGGAAUUUGUUUGCCGCGUAUUUGCUGGGGCUGCAUUUUUUGCUGGUUUAUAGUCUGUUUUCGUAUGAGGCGGGGGCGGCGGCGGCGGGGGGUGCGUUGAGAGAUGCGGUGGCGGUUGGGGGGCCGGUGGGGCCGUGA